AUGGGAGAUCUAGUCACACGGUUGCGUGAAAUCGUGGCCAAAGCGAGGAACAUCCGAGAAAGUAUCAGGUUCAAAGCAGCAACCCAUUCCAUCAUAGCUUUUGAAGGCGUCAUAGAAGAAGCACUGCAACGCCUGGAUCAAGACUCAUCCCUCGCAGCCACGUUCUACAGUCCUCUAUUCAAUCCCAAUCAGCUUCAAGCUUGGUUGAGGACGAAGGAUAUCGAAGCCAGAAAUGCUGAUAUUCUUGUGCAAAACUUCUUGGAGGCGGGUGUAGAAAUUCGAAAUGCAUCACUUGCAUUUCAAGGCAACGAAGGCGCGCCUGUAAUUUGCUUCUUCUUCAGAGCAUCUGAUUAUGCAGAUCCCUUCCUUGCUAGCCUGAAAAAGUGUAUGGGGUGCCGCCAAGAAGCAGUCCUCUCCGUACCAGUGCCUUCUGAAUAUGGUUCUCCCGGACAACUGCACCAAUUGUUCGAAUACCAACACCUAUUUCUCCAUUAUGCAAGAGCUCGGGGGAACCCUGCUAUAAAAUUUGUUGCGGCAGAAGGGGCUGAAGUCGAAGCCUGGACGAUCAUGCUAAGAAAAUCUAGAGGAACUACUACACAAGUAUUUAUCCCUCCAGGAGAGCCUUUCGAUGUAAGGUUUCAGGUUUCGCCUGUUGGAACUGGCAUUGCAGUGCAUUGGAAAUGGCCAUUCAUUGGACGGAACUACCUCAGUGGGUUCCUCGUCUGGUUCAAGGCUGAGAGCGAUCCGCCAGAGAGUUGGAAAUAUAUCCUACAUCCUUCGUCGCCAAGCAGAUUCCCAUUGCCAGCUCCUGGACGAAGGUAUUUAUUCAAGGUGAGUGCUUCCAGUUUUCUUGGAAGUGGACCUUGCAGUCCUGUUACCAGCUGGGAUUAUCUCAUACCCCAAAUGCAACAGCGGAGCAUGUACCCAAGCGAUUUCCUACCUAUUUCCAACUAUCUUCAACCUUCCGUCUUGGACGGAGUUAUAUCUAAUGGAGCAUUAAAGCCAGCAUGGUACUUAAAGGCAAAGGGAAAACUCAGUCGACCUGGAGAACCUUCUUUGUAUGAAAUCGUCGCAUUGGACGUAAUGAGAGAUCCAGACAGCCGGACGGCCAAGUGUGAAAUUCAUUUCGAAGAAAUACAUGAGGAGAGGGAAGAAAAAGUUAUCAUUCUCCUUGGUGCCACUGGAGCAGGUAAGAGCACUCUAGUGAACGCACUUUUCAAUCAGUUUUACGGAGUGCAGAGGGAGGACCCCUUCCGCCUGGUAUUGAUCCCAGACACUGAAAGGGAAAAACCCAAGGCUCAGAGUCAGACGUCCUGGAUCACAGCCUACACCUUUCCCUGGCAAGAGGGAUGCGAAGCACCCUACAACCUCACUGUAGUAGACACUCCCGGAUUUGGAGUUACUAAGGGAUUAAUGGAGGACAACAGCACCAUGACCCAACUACAUAAAUUAUUCGCCAAAAAGAAAGCAGAAGGUCUGAGUCACAUUAAUGGCAUAGGCUUCGUGCUUCAGGCCUCCAACGCCAGGUUGACCCCAACUGAUGAAUAUAUAAUCGAUUCUAUUCUAUCUGUUUUUGGAAAGGAUGUCGUCAACAACAUUUACCUAAUGAUUACAUUCGCUGACACCAAGACUCCUCCAGUUCUCCAAGCAGCAACAGAAGGGAAAGUACCUUUUGUGGAUUUCUUUUGUUUCAACAAUUCAGCUUUGUUCGCACCCAAUGAGGAGAGCAAAUCUUGGGAUUAUCAGUUUAGUUCCAUGUUUUGGAAACUUGGAAGGAAACAUUUUUAUGACUUCUUCCUCAAGUUCCAGAAAUCCAAACCUGUUAGCGUACAGCUGAGCAAUCAAGUCCUGAGAGAGAGGCAAGCUCAUGAAGUGACUAUCCAGGGGAUACAGACUCGAAUUCAAGACGCUAACAUGACAACUGGCGUGGUAGGAAACCUAAAGCUUACCUCACCUCACCCAUGA